AUGGCUCUGCCACUGACACUUCUGCGUCAUAUCACCGAUGAUUUCUCUGCUGAGCAUGAAAUUGGCAGAGGUGGGUUUGCGGUGGUUUAUAAGGGAAAGCUUGGGAAUAGGACUGUGGCAGUGAAGAGGAUGUCCAAUACGUUUGUAGAUGAAAGCGAGUUCCACCGAGAAGUUCAAUGUCUCAUGAUGGUUAAACACAAAAAUAUAGUACGGUUUCUGGGAUAUUAUGCUGAAACACAUUGGACUAUGGUAACCCAGGAGGGAAAAUUCGUUAUGGCAGAUGUAAACCAAAGAUUGCUCUGCUUCGAGUAUCUUCCUAAUGGGAGCCUUGAUAAGUAUAUCACUGAUGCAUCUUGUGGACUUCAGUGGAGAGACCGCUUCCAAAUUAUCACAGGAAUUUGUCAGGGGCUACAUUAUCUUCAUCAGAAUAGCUUUAUGCACUUAGAUCUAAAGCCCACAAACAUAUUGUUGGAUGAUAAUUUAGUACCAAAACUUGCUGAUUUCGGUCUAUCUAGAUGCUUUGUUGAAUCACAAAACUGGGCUAGUACUUCGAUACGUGGAACAGCUGGAUAUAUAGCACCCGAAUAUUAUAACUAUACUGAAGUCACACACCAGCUUUCGCCCCUUCUUGAUAUCUAUAGUCUUGGUAUAAUAAUAAUAGAGAUACUCACCGGCCGGAAGGGGAAUAUUGACGCUGAUGAGGUAGUUGAAAGUUGGAGUAACAUGGUGGAGAAAUCACAUAGCGACGUACAGAUGGAACAGGUACGCAUAUGUGCUGAGAUAGCAAUAGAGUGCAUCGACUUCAACCCGGCAAAGAGACCGGAUACACAACAUAUAAUCAGUAGACUCGAUCAGAUAAAAAUCAUGGACGGAUAUGUUAAAACUGGCAUGAUUACUUCACAUCAGGUAAGAUCACUCACAUGCCAUCCAUGA